AUGUCUGAUAUUUAUGAAACUUCAAUGCAAUUAAAUAUGUAUGAAGAAGAUUCUAAUGAAGACACCACUCUAAAUCUUUCAUCGCAGGGCUUGGUGAAGAUUCCGAAAAUCAAUAACCAUUUUUUAUGCAUGUUAUAUUUACAAAAUAACAAGUUAAAAAUUCUGUCUGAUGAUUUUUUUCCGUCUUUGCCAAACUUAAUGUGGCUUGACUUGAGAGAUAACGAACUAACUGAUAUCCCUAAAUCAUUAAAAAACCAUAGAUCACUAAGUCAUCUGCUUCUACAAAACAAUAAAAUCACAUCUCUACCGAACGAAUUAGGUACUGUCCUAACUUUGAGAGUGCUUCAAUUGAGCGGAAAUCCUAUUAUAAAUCCGCCAAAAAAUAUAUUAGACGCAGGCACUGUUAAAAUUAUGGCGUAUCUUUACGAUAAAUUUAUCGAUGAAAAAUUCGAAGCUGAGAAUUCUCAAUCUGAAAAUGUAGGUUCCAGUGUCGACUGCGUAGAUAAAUUUAUCCGUGGAGCUCGCAGUUACAACUCCGUGUUAGACGGAGACAAACUUCAAUCACAUAAAACUUUAUCCGUGCAAUUUAAUGAAAAAGAUACAAAUUGUGAUGACGAAGACGAAGAAGGAAAUUAUUCAAAGAUAAAAGGAAAAUGUCCUAGACUACCAAGAAGUCGCACUAAAACAUUACCGCAACAUUGUCAAAGUGCUAAAUAUCUUAAACCAGUUUUUACCGACUCUAAAAAAGUACAGGAUGAAAAAAUUAAAAAGACUUUCUUGAUGGAUAUGGCUUUGAAGAAGCAAAAAGAUCUUAUUGAAAAGAGAGAUAAAAUUUUACAAGGCAAGAGGAACAUCGAGCUACUUCGGAAUUGGCGAAGGGAAUAUAAAAAAAAAAAAAUCACACUCACUUUAGGAAAUAAUUCGUUUAAAAUGAUUCCUACGAGCUUUCCAUAUGACACUAAUCCGGAAUACAUGACGCUACUUGGUCGAGAAGAUAUCGAAAAAGAUUUACCCGAUAAAUAUAAACGAAGGUUAUAUAGAAAGUGUAAACCUACAGUCCCUAGGAAGAACAACAACGACGUUCAUUUGGCUUUGAAGAUAAAACAAUUGUUUGAGAAUUUGGAAGCUAUUGAUUUGAAUAGAGAAACGAUGACUCCGAGGACAGAGCAGAAAGUGCUUCUGGGAGAAAUACAAAAGAUAUCGGAAAUUAAACAAAAAUUAAUGGAACUGUCAACGACAAACACAAGAUCAGUUGCUGAACAAAAUGUAUGACGGUAAGAAUAUUCUAGUCAAUUUUUUGUAACCCGUUUUCUUAUAUUAAAAAUAAAACAUUUUUUUUUUCCUUU